UGCCAGAAGAGGGAGAGAGAGAGAAGGCAAAUGUUCCCCCAGCUGUUUCCUGUCUACAGUGUCUGUGUUUUGUAGAUAAAUGUGAGGAUUUUCUCUAAAUCCCUCUUCUGUUUGCUAAAUCUCACUGUCACUGCUAAAUUCAGAGCAGAUAGAGCCUGCGCAAUGGAAUAAAGUCCUCAAAAUUGAAAUGUGACAUUGCUCUCAACAUCUCCCAUCUCUCUGGAUUUCUUUUUGCCUCAUUAUUCCUGCUAACCAAUUCAUUUCCAGACUUUGUACUUCAGAAGCAAUGGGAAAAAUCAGCAGUCUUCCAACCCAAUUAUUUAAGUGCUGCUUUUGUGAUUUCUUGAAGGUAAAGCUGCACAUCAUGUCCUCCUCACAUCUCUUCUACCUGGCCCUCUGCUUGCUCACCUUCACCACCUCCGCCACAGCUGGACCAGAGACACUCUGCGGUGCUGAGCUGGUGGAUGCUCUCCAGUUCGUGUGUGGAGACAGGGGCUUUUAUUUCAGCAAGCCCACGGGGUAUGGCUCCAGCAGUCGGAGGGCACCUCAGACAGGCAUUGUGGAUGAAUGUUGCUUCCGGAGCUGUGAUCUGCGGAGGCUAGAGAUGUACUGUGCACCCCUCAAGCCGGCCAAAUCAGCUCGCUCAGUCCGUGCCCAGCGCCACACCGACAUGCCCAAGACCCAGAAGUCUCAGCACACAUCUACCAACAAGAAAACGAAGUCUCAGAGGAAAAGGAAAGGAAGUACAUUUGAAGAACGCAAGUAGAGGGAGUGCAGGAAACAAGAACUUCAGGAUGUAGGAAAAUCCUCCUGAGGAGUGAAGAAGGACAUGCCACCACAGCAUCCUUUGCUCUGCUCAAGUUACCUGUUAAACAUUGGAACACCUACCAAAAAAUAAGUUGGAUAACAGUUCAAAGAUGGGCAUUCCCCCAAUGAAAUACACGAGUAAACAUUCCAAUGUUGUCUUUAGGAGUUAUUGUUAAAAUCUUGCACCUUGCAAAAAUGGUCCUGGAGUUGGUAGAUUGUUGUUGGUCCCUUAUCAAUAAUGUUCUAUAGAGAAAAAAAAUAUAUAUAUAUAUCUUAGUCCCUGCCUCUCAAGAGCCACAAAUGCAUGGGUGUUGUAUAGAUCCAGUUGCACUAAAUUCCUUUCUGAAUCUUGGCUGCUGGAGCCAUUCAUUCAGCAACCUUCUCUAAGUGGUUUAUGAAUUAUUUUCUUAUUUGCACUUAUUUCUACACAACACAGGCUGUCUGUUUUACAGUGUCUGAUAAUCUUGUUUGUCUAUUACCAUUGCCACCCCCCCUUCAUGAACUUUAUAUUUGCCGAAUUUGGCCUCCUCAAAAGCAGUAGCAUGUAGUCAAGUAGCACAUCAAUUUUUAACUCACGAGAUUCCAUCUGUGGCAUUUGUACCAAAUAUAAGUUGUAUGCAUUUAUUUUAGACACAAAGCUUUAUUUUUCCACAUCAUGCUAAAAAAAAUAAUGCAAAUAGUUGCAACUUUGAGGCCAAUUAUUUUUAGGUGUAUGUUUUAAACAUAGAAAGUCUCUUAAACUCUCAACGGUUCCUUCAAAUGAAGAGUUAGUGUGCAACCUGAUUAGUAACUACUCUCUUUUUAUUUUUUCCAUAUAGAGCACUAUGUAAAUUUAGCAUAUCAAUAAUACAAGAUAUAUCAAACAGUAUGUAAAACUCUGUUUUUUAGUACAAUGGUGCUAUUUUGUAGUUUGUUAUAUGAAAGAGUCUGGCCAAAACGGUAAAAGGUGAAAGCAAAACAAAAGGGAAGCCUAGAGCCAAAGAUGACCCAAAGGGGAAGGGAAAUGAAAAAUCUAUCCAGUUGGGAAAGAAGGUGAAGUCCCCCGAAUUAUGCCUUCUGAGAGGAAUUUAAGACCCAAAAGUCCACUGAUGCAAAUUUGUUUGUCAAGUCCAGAGAGGAAGCCGUGGAAUGGAAAAAGCAGAAGACUAGGAAUUUUAACAGUCCUGUCUUCUUUUUCUCACUGAAAAGUGAUAAACAUCUGCCAGCUCUGCCACGGACUUACCACUGUGUGACCUUGGGCAAGUCACUUCACCUCUCUGUGCCUCAGUUUCCUCAUCUGCAAAAUGGGGGUAAUAAAUCAUCUACCUACCUCAAAGGGGUGGUACGAGGAUUAAGAAGAUAAUGCUUCAGAUUUUUACCCAGGGUUGCUAUGAGGGUAGAACAUCAGAACCCUUGAAUUGCUAGGAUGCAAGGAAUUCUAUAAAUAACCAAUUUACAGCAUAGUAAAGACUCAUUAGCCAAUUGCUCUCAACAUCCAAAUGCUUGUCAACAAAGCUACACAACUAAUCGUCCAACUUCUUGUUACUAGAUGCUACAAAGCUCAAUCUCUUUGAAGAUGCUUUCGAAAUAAGUUAGAAACAUUUUAUUUACUAUUUGAUUUUUAAUUCCAUAUUUAGAUUUAUAUGUAUAAAUAAAAACAGAGAAAAUAAGGGGAAAAAUGUUCUACCAGUAAAAGGAUAAUUUUUCUAUUUGUUGGCGCUGACUCUUCCAGGCGUUUACUAUCUAGUACUAUUCCUUUUAGUGUUAUAAAUUAUUCUCUAUUCAUUUUGAAAAACACAUUUAGUCAUUCAUUUUUAGACAAUAUAAGAAGAGUGGCUUCAAAAUUUAAAAACUCACAAAGUUACUUUCUUUAUUAACUUUACUCUUAGCCUUGGUUGAAUAUACAUAUACUCAUAUACUUUUCUAAAAUUUUUGUUACAUAUACUUGAUUACAGUUGCUAGCUAAAAAACAAAACUUUCUUUCUCAUCUAGAAAUUUCCCCUCAUGUCUGUCUAGAAGGGUGGCUCCUAGCUCUCUAUGGAUGUGUAUUCCAUUCAUUCAUCUGGAAACGGAAUGCAACAUGAAAAUUGGUAUUAAGAAAAUCCAGUAGUGAAGACAGACCCACUGAAGCCUAGAAAACGUUCCCCAUCUAUGGAUUAAGAUUUCCUCAUUAUAAUGAUGAAUCAUUCAGCAUUCAGAUCUUUUAUCUGCCUUAGAGCUUCUUAGUAUAAAGCACCCAGGCUUGGUUAUCCAUUUUAUUCUUGAAAAUCAUAUAUAAAAACAAAUAUAACAUCUUUAGUUUCCUUCCACUGGGUCACCUCAAGGUUCAAAGGCCAGAAAAAAAAAGACUCUAUUAUAGAUCUCUGAAUAUAUGCAAAAAGAAGGUCCUAAUCCAUAGAGUUAUUUGAUUCAAGCACUGGAGGCAGGCUGAGCAAUGUUAAGAUCACUGUGGGCAGAUGAAAAAGGAACUCCACAUCAUUGUUGACUUCUGCCUGCCUUACAGACAUACAGGUUCUGUGGCAUGAGAUGCUGGACUCCUCUUCCCAAGAUGGCCCUUUAGAUUUUUAUUUAUUGUUCUCAGUGUGUACCUUUCAAAAUUACUAACCCUAGAAAAAUAUUAUAGAUAGUCUUCUGAAGAUAUAUGGGUUUUCUAGCAUAGUUGGAUAUGAUAAUUCUAAGAAUAUCUGUGACUUAUUUUAUUCACUUUAUUCUGUUCACAGUCAAAAAUUCCCCCAAUGACAAAAGCUUAAAUAUGUAAUGCCAUUAUUCUUUCUUAACUAUUCCUAACAUAUAAUUUUACCUAACUGGACCAUGAAUCAAUUAAUCAAAAUUAUCUAAUUAUACUAAUACAUUAUUUUAUUUCCAAAUAAAUUAACACUACAAGACAAAUCAAAGUAAACUCUGAAAAUCACUUUAUCACUCUAAACUACAGCAGAAUGACCCAGGAUUGAUAAAGGGAACACCUAAAAUUUCACAUUUCAAAACUCUGUAAGUUUUUGCUUUAGGAUUAUUUCCUUUAGAAUUUAGAAAUGGGGCAAUUUCUAGAUGUUUAUUAAAGAACUGUAAAUAUUGGUAAUGAGCUUUCAAAUUACAGGUUUAUGUUCAAUGUAACUGAUAAUAUUCUAUACCUAGCCCAAAGUUUUAUUCUCAUAUCCCCAAAUAGUAUCAUGUGAACAUUUUAAGAUGAGGCAGCUAAACUGAAAAGGUUAAUGCAUCUCACUAUCAGAAGAAAAAUUCUUCUGAUAAAUAAGGGAUAAAGAUAACUCUCAAGACCCACUCUACACACACACACACACACACACACACACACACACACACUAAUAAUCUAAUGGAACACUGAGUAGAAAUAGUUUUCUUGAAAAUCUUACUUAAAAAAAAAAAAAAGCCUGGCCUCCCUUGAGAAUCCUUCCCCUCCUUGGAAUGGCAAUGUUUGUGUAGAUGAAACCAUCUCAUGCACUGUGGCUCCAGAGUUUCUGUUACUAGUUUAUGCACUUGGGAGGAUGUUUAGAAUGGAGGAGGUAGCACAUUUUGCUUUCCCAUUUAUUGUUUGGCCAGUUAUGCCAAUGUGGUGCUAUUGUUUCUUUAAGAAAGUACUUGACUAAAAAAAAGAAAAAAAGAAAAAAAAGAAAGCAUAGACAUAUUUUUUUAAAGUAUGAAAACGACAAUUCUAUAGAUAGAUGGCUUAAUAAAAUAGCAUUAGGUCUAGCCACCACCACCUUUCAACAUUUUAUCACUCACAAGUAGCAUACUGUUUACCAAAUUGUGAGUUUAGGGGUGCAGGGGCAGGAGAUAAAAAUGUUUAAAAGUUUGAAGGCUCUAUUAUUUUGUUGGCUCUCAAACUCAACAAAUUAGCAAUAUAUUAUCCAAUAUCAAAACCUUGCUCAAGAGCACAGAGUAUAAAUGGAAAAUGGAAAAUGGCAGAACUAAAACAAUGGUUAUUAUUUUUUUUUCUUUUGGUGCCCUCUGCUCUAAAACAGAUAUUCAGCAAGUGGAGAAAAUAAAAACAAAGAGAAAAAAAUACAUAGAUUCACUUGCUAAAAAUAGUUUCUGCCACAUCCACCUUGGGUAUUCUUUGGCAUUUACUGGUUUGUAGAUUUUUUUCCCUUCACCCAAACAUCUCAAACAGCAGUAGCUCUCAUAAAAAUCACUGAUCUCACUGGGAAAUGUUGAAGUAGUUCCUAUGAGAUAAGGGUUAUCUACUGAUAAAGAAAGAAGAAUUUAUGAGAAAUCGUUGAAAGAGAUGGCUAACAAUCUGUGAAGAUUCUUUUUUAUUUUUGGGUCUUUUCCCUUACUUUAUACUGUCUUUAUGACUAUCUUGAUGUUCAAAAAUAACUUGGUCCUUUUCCUUUUUUUGCAUAUUGGAAUGAGGUAUGAUAAGUUAAACCCACAUAGACUCUUUAAAACUAUAGGCUAGGUAGAAAUGUAUGUUUGACUUGUUGAAGCUAUAAUCAGACUGUGUAAAAUGUUUUGCUAUUUUUAACAUUAAAAGAUUGUACUAAUUUAUUAGAGUCGAACCCAUUUGGCUCUCCUCACAAGAAAGAACAUUCCCAUUCAAAUUACAUAGGUUUUCUCAUCAAUGUUUUCAAAAGAUAAAUUUGAUUUAUGCUACAACAUCAUUUAUUUUAAAAUAGAUAAAUUUUAAGUCUUUAUGCCCCUCCCCCUGCAAUUAUCACAAAGUCCAGAAUUUGAGGGGGCAAAAACAAAAGGAAAAUGCUGACUCUUUGUUUUUAUUCUUUGUUUUGUUUUGCUUUCAAUGCUAGUGUUUAAUCCUCUAGUAUAUAUUUGCUAUUUGCUAUUUUAAUAUUCUAUAAGACUUUCCUGUUAGGUAUUAGAAACUGAUACAUAGACAUCUUUUUUUGUGUGAUUUCUAUUUAAAAAAGAAAGAGAGAGACAAGAAGACUGAAACUUUAAGUGCAUAUGGUACAGGAUAAAGAUAUUAAUUUAAAUAACCAAAUUCUAUAUGAAACAAUGUGGGUUUUUUAAAAAAAAGAAAAAGAAAGAAAGAAAGAAAUCAACUUUUCACCAAUAAAACAUGAGGCCCAGGGAACUUUUGCAACUGUCUUCUAUUUCUCCCAGUUCUAAUUUUUUCUAGUAUCUGUCUCAGAAUUUUACAGAGGGCUGACCACGCUGAAACCCUAGAAUUAAAGGAACCUCUUUAAAAACAUACAUUUUACAUGUUUCCUCUUAAUGUCUGAUUUCAGUUAUCUUAAUCAUGGUCCUUUUCUCUCUCUAUCCUUCAACUAUCCUUGAUAUAGUCCUUCAAGGAAAAAGAUAACUUUUUCAUGAAAAAAGGAGAGAACACAAAAGUUCAAUAUUAUUACCCAAUUGAAAUGUGAACUAAAAUGGAGAUAGAGUUUCUCCUACUAACAACCUUAGCUGAAUCACCUGUCGCCUUCAAAAUAAGUAAACCUUCAUAGACCUUUCACAAUCUUUUAAAUCUGGCUUUAUUUUUUUAAUUGCCCAGGCCUACGUAAACACUAUCAUUUCUUUUGUCCCCCCACCCCCACCUAGUGCACUGAUGUAAAUAGGAAAAUUGAGAAAGAGAACUCUAAAAUCCCCUUACUGACCCCACUCAGUAACUCAUACACAGUCACUUCUGUUAAUCCCUUAAUCUGAUUGCGUUUGAAUAUUUAUCUUGUACCUGCUGCUAAACACACUGCAGGAGAGACUCUGAAACCUCAAGCUGUCUACUCAUAUCUCUAUCUGUGUCUGUGUAACAUUCAAGUGUCUAUUCAAAAUAUCAAGAACUUUCAAACAUCAUGCAGCUUAUAGUGAGUUUACAUAAAGGUCCCAAAUACCAUGUCAGUUCUCUUUAUGCUAACAGAGUUAAUGAACUAUGAGAAUUGGGAUUACAUCACGUAUUUUGCUUCAUGUAUUUUUAUCACACUUAUAAGCCAAGUGUGAUAAAUAAACUUGCAGACACUGAAUUAAUUUUCCCUGCUACUUUAAAACCAGAAAAUAAUGAACGGCCAUUCAUUAUAUCUAUUUUAGUUCAAAAGCAUAUUU